GAAAUUCUAAAUGACAACAUGGCGCUAUCCUUGAAUGAUUUAGCUUCGUUGUUAAGUGUUUUAUCAGAAGACUCUACCAAGUCACAGACAUUUGAUAAUUUAGCUUCAACAUUUCAUCAUUAUUUUCAAAAAGCUGAUCACUUCAAAGUUGGAAUGGCCUUGGUGUUGCUCCUACAAAACAGAGACCUACUUCCAAACCCCACACAGAAACUAGCUGCAAUAUUUCUUUUAUAUGAAAUGUACAGAAAUGAGCCAGCAGCUAAUAAUCCUUUUGCACCAGUAUUUGUCCAUCUUCUGAAAGCAACACCUGAAAACCAAGAUGUUGGACAAAAUGAUCUUCAUUGGGCAAUCUCUCCAAUUUCUGCUUCAGAACGAUAUUUCCUUUGCCAGCUCAUAAGCAGCCCUGUUAAAGAGAUGUUUAAGAAAACUCCUUUACAAGUUAUUCAAAUGGAUGUCAAUAAUGCUCAGACAAUGGACAUAACUUCUCUACAAAUUACUCUGGCUGAAAAACAGUCUGAAUUACCUGCAAUCAGUAAAUCUUCUAUGCCAUCAAUUGUUCCAGAUCCUGAUAGCAAACCAACGAGUUUUGAACAAUUUGGAAAACCUGGCUUAGUAAAUCAAGAUGUUCAAAGGCAAACAAUUGAAGCCUUGCUAACAGGUCCCAACCCACCUGUAGAGAAUUGUAUGAGACCAGAAUUUAUCAGACUUGCACCACCAUUGCAUAUUGCUGAAGAUGAGCUUGUCUGGAUGAAUCCUUUUGAAGCUGACUAUACUCCUGCCUGGGAUACAACAAUGUGUUCAAGUAGUACAGCUGGAACUGAAGUACGAUGCCUCAUGAGCUUGGCACUGAAAAGUUCUUUAACUUUACAGCAACAGCAGCAAUUAAUGGAUGAAUUAGAAAAGGACCCUAAGUUAGUUUACCACAUUGGUUUGACUCCAACUAAGCUUCCAGAUCUGGUGGAAAACAACCCAAUAGUGGCCAUUGAAGUCCUACUUAAACUAAUGGAAUCAAAUCAAAUUACUGAGUAUUUUUCUGUCCUUGUAAGCAUGGAAAUGUCUCUUCAUUCUAUGGAAGUUGUAAACAGAUUAACAUCAGCUGUAGAACUUCCUUCGGAGUUCAUUCAUCUUUACAUUUCAAAUUGUAUCACAACCUGUGAAAACAUCACUGAUCGUUACAUGCAAAACCGGCUAGUUCGGUUGGUCUGUGUUUUCCUCCAGUCUCUAAUUCGCAACAAGAUCAUUGAUGUAAAGGACAUAUUUAUUGAAGUACAGACCUUCUGUAUAGAAUUUAGUCGAAUCCGAGAAGCAGCUGCAUUAUUUCGAUUAUUAAAGAAUUCCGAAACCAAUGGCAGUGGCAAUGAACAGCAACAGAACACCAAAUGAUUGUAAAUUAAAAAAAAAAGGGUAAAACAGAAACUUAAGAAAAAAAAUAAAAUAUAAAGAGAAAUUGGUUACUUAUUGAAUUUUAUGAGUUUAUUAAACUCUCUCUCUUGGAAGUAUUUCUGAUUGCCCAUGUGCUUUUACUGAAGGACAAAGCAAUAAUGAAUACAUAACUUUAGUUACUGAGAGGUAAGUAAUGUUAAACUGAUAAAACAACAGCUGGAGAAGGGGUGACCAAAGCAAGAUUUUUGAGCAAAGGAUUUUGUUUUCAAAAGUUAAUCUUAGCUUGUAUAAGAAGUCUUUAAGGUCUGGCCUAUAUUUCUAUUCACGUUUAUUAAUUAUAGCAUUCGAUUACUUUUUUUUCACUUCAAGUAUGACUUUUAAAAGCUUAUUGGUAUUAGAUAUUGAUGUUUAUGAAACUUCAAAAUGCGAAAAAAAAAACAUUUCUUCAUACUUGGUAAAUUAAUCUUUGCUAAAACUUUGUAUGUGUGUAGCUAGGUAGGUUGGUAGAUAAAUAUUUUUUAGAAUAGGUACACUGUUUCCUGUGUCAUAGAACACAACUAAAAGGAUUGGCAUCAGAAAGGAUAACUAACUACAAAGACUGUCUGAAAAAGUCCCAUUUAGCCCUAUUGCCAAUAUAGAAAGGUGGAGGUAAAAUUGACACUGUUUUGCAGAAAGAGCUAGAGAAAACUCACAUCCAAUACGUUUUAAUAUAAAUAUAUCAGGCAAAUUUAUUUAAAUCCACCAUAACAAUGGUGGUUCUCUUGAUAUGGUUCUUCUCUACAGAACUAAAGAUCAGUUUUAUGACUCACUUGCCUUGAUCAAUCUAAGCAGAGAAAUCAGCCCAAUUCCAUUUUUAAAGCCAUGUAAACUAUAAAUGCAAGUCCAAUAAAGAAAUUCAGUUCUUCCAAGAAAUGAAUGUAAGAGCAUUUUUAUAUUUUAAUUUCCAGAAAUCUAUAUAAAAUGUUUGGUGUGUUUUUGAUGAAUUUAAGUACUUCUUAAGAAAUUAUUUUUAAUUGUUCACCAAAUUCGGUUGGAGAUGGCAGUCCUGGAUACAUUAUGAGUUCUGGAAACUGUGCUUGCUUGCUUGGUACAGAAUGUUGCACAAAAUUUUUAGUUAGCAUUCUAUUCAUGACCAUCUUAGCAAUGGCCUGGUUGUCAAUCGGUUUAGUCCUUGGAACCAGUUGAUGGAGAUAGUUUCUACAAUAGUGGAGAUAUUUUUUGUUGCACUGGUAGGAUGUUUGGUUGCUGUCAACCUUCAUUUUGUUAGGCAAAGUUUAGCAACAAUGUUCUAGAUUAAAUCCUUAAACAUUGGAAUUAAUGCUAAGUUUGUAAUUAUUGAAUUGUCUUGUAUUGUUUAGUUGUAACAGAAGUCUCUAAAUGGAGAGAAACCACUUCCUUUCCAUUUAGAGACCUCUGUCUCUAUGAUCUUAAAUUUCUGCUCCUUUAAAAAAGUCUCCAUAUAACCAUACCUGCAGUUAUUUCAUAUUUUUUAAUAGGCUACAAACUUUUAAAGAGAGAAAAUAGAAUUAAAGGUCUAUAAAGUAUGAAAAUUGAAGAAAAAAAUAAGGUUAAGAUUAAGCAAGACCAAUUAAUUGAUAUUGUCGCCGUUCAAUAGAACCAAAAAUUUUCGUACCUUAAUGAAGGAAACUAAUCACAAUAAAGUGCUGACGGUGACGAAUUUAAUCAAGACUACCUCCAUCAGGGAAAGAUAAAUAGUGUUGAACAAGGCUUAAAAAUUAAAAAGCAAGGGCGGCAACUCAAAACAUACAACUAACAGUUGCCAAGGUAAGAAAAUCCAUCUCCACCUGCUUGCUGUUGGUGCUACUUUUUAUAAUCCUCGGGAGGUUGUGUCAAGGGAAGCUGAAGUCAGCAUAUUUAUGAAAGAGUUUUAAAUGUAAUAAGGUCAUGUUAAACUUAUGAAUGAAGGCUACAACUCUGAAAUUCAUUCUGAUUUAUGUAGUUUUAAUCCCAAACAACUUGUAAUGAUAUUUUUCUUUUAAUAGAAACAUAAUUAUAGUUUGACCAAAUAGUGUGCAAAUUAUCUUCAAACUGUAACAGUUGUAUGAUACUACAUACAUAGGGCAAUAAACGUAUCUGUCAGUAUUAUGAGAUUAUUUGAUGUGAAGAAAUAUUUAGAGAAGUAAAACAAAACAAAAUACAGACUUAAAUUUUUAAAUAUUGCUGAUUGCCAGUAAAAAUAUUAUUCAUAAGUCACUUGUACAUAUAUCGUUUCAUCUCACAACCAAUAUCUUUUUGCAUCACUCUAACUAAAUUUGUCAAGCUUUUUUUCAAGAAGAGGUUUUGUAUAUUUUUCAUUAAGUAAUUUCUGUUACAAAAUUUUACAUUGAAUUCCAAGAAUUCUUUAUUCUCUUGAUUUCAACAUCUUACAACUAUAAGUGUGCUGUCUUCUGCUUUUAGUGCCACUACUAAAAUGGCAUGUUUCUCAAAGCUAGCUGGUCUCUUGCUAUCUCCAUUAUGGGACUGCUAACUCACUCAUAUCUCUUCUUCCCCCUCCCCCAUGCCUCCACAUUAACCACUGUACUCAGUACUCGCUCUCCAGAAUAUCAAUCUCAUGGAACUUCUUUCCCCAUCUACUCAUCUCUUUUCUGCAGGUGUUGACUUGCAGCCACUUAAAUGGAACAUUAACAACAUCUAUCUCAGAGGGCUGUGGGUACUGCACCUUCCCCCAGACCCAACAGAUACCAUUUCUGGUGAGUUCUGUUGAUGAGAGUAAAACUGGAGACUAAUGUGUGAUGAUCAUCACUAGAAAGGAGUAUUAUGUCUAGUUGCAUCAUUACUUCAGGUGAAGUACAUAAGUGUAGCAGAGUAAGAGGGAAGAACAGUAUCUUAUAAUAUUAUCUUCUUGAUGUUUUGCUGCUAUCAUUUCAAGCCUGAUGAAAUUGGUUCAACUUUUGUAUACUUUCUAAAACAAUAACAUAGCUACAAUUUCAAGAAUCAAGUGAGUCAACUCUGUAUCUUGUUCUUGUAUGUAAUGAAGUAACUUAUAGUAUACAAGUCUGCACAUCCUGCACUCUGGUAGUGCUCCUCUGCAGUUACAGACAAGUUUGGAAAUGCUUGUUUAUUUGUAAAGAAGCGUAAGAACUCCUGAAAAUGAUGGAACCAAAGAAUAGUACAUUCUGUUAGUACAAAAUCUGCUUUUCUCUUCCUUUAUGAUGAUCCAUAAUUGAAAUGUAGAAAUAUUUUAAACAUUUACUUUAUAUGAAAAAUCGGCUGCAACUCUUAACAUUCCUUUAAACUUUUUUUUAGAAUAUCUACUACCAAAGCUAGUAAAACAUUCCUUUAGACUUGAUGUCUCUCAAAAAGUGUACAGCUUCAUAACAUCAGUUACCCUCUAAAGAAAUGAAACUAUUCUAGUAUUUAUAUAUUUGCUAACAUCCAAAUGAAAAUACUCUCAUAUUACAUAUUUGCUAACAUCCAAAUAAGUCGCUAUGUUUUCUUUCUCCAUUUUCUUAAAAUGAUUUUGAAAUUAGAAAUUUCUUUCAUCUUUUCCUCAGAAUUGGGCUUGACAUCAUGUGUUGUUUGUUUAUAUUUUUAUUUCCAUUAUCACUGUUGGAAACUGAUUGUAUAAACAUUGCUUAAUAAAUCAAUGUUAUUUAUUUUUUACAAUAAAAUUGAUAGAAUUUUU